UUCGUUACUACUUAGAGUUCAGGGUAUGGCUCAGAAGAAGGAAAGCAAAUGUGUGGGGGUGGACAUGGUGGAAUCGUCCAAUCAUCUUUACUCUAGCAAAAAGGCGACGGUGGAAGUUACCAUAAAGGUAAAGAAACAACGACACCCCUCGAAACAUAAGGACCACCAGCAAGAAGAACAAGGGAGAACCAUCAAACCAUCAGAAGUGUUCCCGAAAGGUUCUUGGGGUGACCUCCUUUCCAGAAAAAAGUCUGUUCAUGAGAAGGAAAUCGUGGGGAAGGAGUGGAAAGGCGUGGGCAAGAAGGAUGUUCAGAGUGAAAAAAUUACAUGCAAAGAAGAGGGUGGAGAACAUCCAAAGUCACUCUGUCACAAAAUCCCAAUCUCAUCUGAACUGUACUUGGAAACCCAUACUCACGUUCGGAGUAGACCGUCUUCAACGAAAACGACUCGUGACCUUGAACCGAAAAAAAUUUUGAAGACACGAGGAGAACGUGAACGAGCAAAGUCCAGUUGUACCAAGCCUUCUCCACGAAAUCAUGGUGGGGGUGAAGGGGAUGAUGAAGCUGAUGGUCAACGAAAGAAGCUCAAUUAUGAAUCACAAAAUGAUUAUUUGAGAUAUGAAAUUGAACGUCUCAAGCAAGAAAUUGAGCUUGUCAAGCUAGACACGCGUAGGAAGUCACCCUCGUCUGCUGGAGAUGCUGGAGGCAUUUCGACAUCAAUUAUUAAAAGGGUUGGUGUUCCAACCAAUAAAACAAGGGAUGCCAGAUCAACUCAGUCAGAGAUGAAAAUAACGGCCUUUCGGAAGGAAACCAGAAACACCAUGACCAGCACAACCAACCUCAAUUCGAGUUUGCUAUCAUCUAAAUCUUCAGGGGCGGUUGCAACUAAAUCUGACAACUCAAGGAAGUUUACUCCCUUAAGGGAAGUUGCAACCUCUACAUCAGUAGAUAAUUCGGAAGCAGAUUUGGAAAAGGAUUUACAAUUACAAAUAGAGAACGAAAUUUUACGGAAGCAAGCUGCAGGCCUUUUGGCAGAAAUGCAGAAAUCCAAACAGGAACAACAAGAAUCUAUAAUGACCAUUAAAGAAUUGUACCAGUUGGCUGAAUUGCUCAAAAUGGAGAACCAUAAACUAAUUGGUGCUCAAGAGGAGCAGCAACAACUCCAAGAAAAACUUGUCAGUGCAGUAACCGAAAAUCAGGACCUGAAGCAAUACUUGGAAUCAAUUAAGAACGACUCAUCAGUAAAGAAAGGGGUAGAGAUGAAUCAGUUGGAAAAAAUUCGUAAUGUUAUCCACGAAGUCAAAUCUACUAUUCGAGAAGAAAUUAAAGGAAUUUCCACCAACGAUAAUGCAUCACUUGCUUAUCGUGAAUCUAUGCGUGGAUUGGAUUUGAACAUUACCGAAGGAGAGUCUGGAUUACUCAGCGAUACGAAUGCCAGUGAGAUUCAGCGAAUUCUUGGCUCAUAUGAUGAUAACUCUGUGAUGUAAAAAAUGAAUAGGUUUGUUUAAAAAAAAUACAAUAUGUUCUGAUUCUAAUGUUCAUAUAAGCAUAAUGAAUUGUACUUCGUGAUGUAAAAAAAAACACAUUUCCCCGUGGGAAAUUUUAUUUUCCAAUCUUGUAAUAAUUACAAAUGACAAUAAAUUCUUUGUAUUAUACAGUA